AAACAACGCCCAAGAAUGAAUUGAGGCCACGAAAUGUAGGCCAGCAGACCCCUCAUUCAACGGUCCGAUCCUCUCUCUCUCUCUCUCUACGCGCCAUGGCAACUCGGGCCGCGAGAGCUGCCGCAUCGUCGCCGUUGAUCGGAACCGUGGGCCGUGGCGUGUCCAAACCCCGGUGGGCUUCUUCUUCGUCUACCUCUAAUUCCUCAACUACCUCUCCUGGUAACAAUCCCGAUAAGAAGAUCACCGACCGUCUCUCCGGUGUUAUCGACGCCGUCAACGACCGUAAGCUCCCUCCCGAGCUCCGUGGCCAGCGCAACGCCGUUAGGUCUGAAACUGAUAUCAUGAACGUUGUUGAGCAAAGAAUAUGGCAUUCUAUGGAGGACGGGCAGUUUGAGAAUUUACCUGGGAAAGGCAAACCCCUUGACCUGAGUACAAAUCCUCAUGCCGACCCAGCUGAGGACACCUUGUACAGAAUCCUUUCAAGGAAUAAAUGUUUACCUGAGUGGGUGGAAUUGAACAAAGAGAUAAGGAGUAAUAUUGCUGAAUGGCGAUCAGCCCUGCAUAGAGCAACAGCGUAUAGAGAGGGCGGAAAUAACUCUAAAUGGAUUGAGUGUUCAGAGGCUUUGAAAGUGCAAUUACGUAGCAUCAACAAUAAGGUUUUCCGGUACAAUCUCAUUGUUCCUUUUGGCCGCCAGAUGUUUGGACUGAAGUGGGAGAAAGAACUAGACCGUUUGAAUGAGAAAAAAGCGGAUUGCUGAGUACAAGGAUUCAUCUUCUUGUCGUCUCGAGGGUCUCUAUGUGUGGUCCUCUUCUACUCUUUACCAACCCCCUGCGCCGAGUUCUGGUCUUACUUAUGUUACUCAGCAAGGAAAAGUUGGUGUACUAGCAAGGAGAAAGAGUAACAUAAGGAAAAGUUGGUGUAGGAUGUGUACUGCAGAAAUGUUACAUUUUGUUUAGAUAUAUGCGUUAUAUUUUUCGUUGUAGUUAAGAGUCGAUGUAUACUACAGAAAAAUAAUUUCAUGUAUAUGGAGGGUUUGGCACGAA